UUUCGGUGCAGUUGGCAGUGGGGUGUGGCGGUGGUUGGUGCAGAUAUGAGUACACCUUGUGGACUGAUGAUAUUGUGAUCGUGGCGUAGAUUUGAGCGUCACCUGUGAAGAGAAACACUUCCAGGAUUCGAACGGAGUACACCCAUAGGAUGAAGGCGCACAUAGGAUUGUUAGAGGAAGUGUUUGCUGUGUUUAGGAAUGCCCAGUGAAUUGAACAGUUGAAAGAGGCUAGAUAGUGCGUAGGCAGAGUAAGGCCAGAAGACACUCCGAACUGUUGGUGCCCUUACUCUGCUCCUGUCCGAUCCCGUGCGUGUUGAGCAAGUAUGAAUGAGUUGGACAGCCUGCGGCAGGAAGCAGAAACAUUAAAAAAUGCUAUACGAGAUGCAAGGAAAGCGGCAUGUGACACGAGCCUGGUGCAGGCGACCAGCAACAUGGAACCCAUUGGUCGGAUACAGAUGCGCACGCGGCGGACACUCAGGGGCCACCUUGCCAAGAUCUACGCCAUGCACUGGGGUUCAGAUUCAAGUGUUUGCAGGAACUUAGUGUCUGCCUCACAAGAUGGGAAGCUGAUCGUGUGGGACAGUUACACCACCAACAAAGUGCACGCCAUUCCCUUGAGAUCAAGCUGGGUCAUGACCUGUGCCUAUGCCCCCUCUGGCAGUUACGUUGCUUGUGGGGGGCUCGACAACAUCUGUUCGAUAUACAGCUUGAAGACGAGAGAAGGCAACGUGCGUGUGAGCCGAGAGUUGCCGGGCCACACGGGCUACUUGUCCUGCUGCCGCUUCCUGGAUGAUAAUCAGAUAGUGACCAGUUCAGGAGACAUGUCAUGCGCAUUGUGGGAUAUUGAGACUGGUCAGCAGUGCACCUCGUUUAUGGGGCACACGGGUGAUGUGAUGUCCCUCUCUCUGUCGCCUGACAUGCGCACUUUUGUGUCAGGGGCAUGUGAUGCCUCUGCAAAGCUGUGGGAUAUCAGGGAAGGUUCAUGCAAACAGACAUUCCCGGGUCAUGAGUCGGAUAUUAACGCCGUUACUUUCUUCCCAAAUGGAUAUGCAUUUGCGACGGGGAGCGAUGAUGCUACAUGCCGCCUGUUUGACAUCCGUGCAGACCAAGAACUAGCCAUGUAUUCACAUGACAACAUUAUCUGUGGCAUAACAUCUGUAGCAUUCUCCAAGUCAGGUCGGCUCCUGCUCGCCGGCUAUGAUGAUUUCAACUGCAACGUGUGGGACUCCAUGAAAACAGAGCGUGCAGGCAUUCUGGCGGGCCACGACAACCGGGUAAGCUGUCUGGGUGUGACAGAGGAUGGCAUGGCAGUAGCAACUGGUUCAUGGGACAGCUUCCUACGAAUCUGGAACUAAAGGAACCACAAGAUACCCAGGCAUAUGAAUUCUGCAAGGAGAUUGGAGCCAAGAGCCAAGCAAACAUGAAUAUCAACAUUUAACAUAGAAUUUUAUGAGAAUUUUUUGAUGACACUUGGAGAGAAAGAGAGAGAGAGAUGUGUGGAUUGAGGAAGCCCUGUUUUUGUGUAGAAGCGGGUAGUAGCCAUUUCGUUUUGAAUCAGCUGGUUUUGCAUUGGCAUGCAGCAUCGUGCACUCCCUGUUGGAUGGUGCCAUUUGGUUGGUUGCCAUGCUGCCAUUUCUGCAGGGUUCUGAAGUCAAUUUGACAUCUUUUCAACAAAACCUUUUUAAGAGAACAAAUUUGUGAACAAAAUUGUUUCAAUACAACUUUCUGGGUGUUUGAUGGUUGUGAAAAGUUACAGAUAUCUGAGGAUUUAAAUUCUGGUUGUCAUAACAGAGUGAUAUGGGUUGGUUCCAGUUAUUGCGAAUAGUUCUCAUUCUUACAUACUGAUAUCCGGGGUGACCAUUUGUUUGACUGCUCCUGCUGUUGCUUGUAGUUACUUGUUUUGUUGCAUUGGAAUUUUUAUGUGUCAAUUUUGGUUGAUUCUGGGCUGAGCUAAUCACUCAUUCCUGUCGCAUUCUGCAAGUGGUAUAGACUUGCUACUGUGGGCCGCUGUAGAAUGGUAUUUUGAGGGCAAGAGAAUGCUGAACCAGGCAGAAAUGUUCAAUGCCACUUGCAACAUUGACCAGAACUGUAAAACUCCAGCUUUAAAACUGAAUAGUUAAUAAUGUGCAAUUUUUUGAACCAGAAAGGCAUUUCAUUGUGUUUCUAUAUUAUGCUUCUAUUCCAUAAUUUUGAUCAUCCUCAGUGCAUUGUUUGCAACAUUGACAGAGCAAGGGAGUGAUGCGCACCACCCUCUCUGCUGUCUGCAUGGUGGGCAGCAUGAGAGAGUCAACAUGAUUUAAUCUAGUCACAAGUACCGACACGAGCCAAUGUUGCCGAAAAUGUUCUGCUCCCUUUGCCCACCCCCCACCCCCCACCUCACGGGCCAGGAGGCACAUAUUGUUGGUUCCAUCUCGGAAAGCCGCUCUGGGUCAUGGGAAUGUUGGAAUUUGUAUUGUCAAAAAAAGGGACCACAUGGGUACGAUGAGACUAGAUCAUGAAGUUAGAAAAGGCUUGAAUGAUUUAUUAUUAUUAUGAUUAUUAAGUAAGAAAUUUCAUUAUGCACAUUGUGCCACAGUUUUCAAAUCAUUAAACAUACUUUUGAAAAAAAUAAAAAUUACUGCCAUAUGUUUUGACUUUCAUAUUACAAUAUAUAACUAUGUAUCUGCACGGUAUAUACCACGAAAGUGGAAUUGUGGGAAAUGUAGGUUUCGUUAGAAAAGUUAGCAUCAUUUGCUUUUUGUAUGUAGUCGUGUGACAUGAGCUGAGAACAACAACUCCCACCCGAAGCAUCCCGCCGCCCGUCACAUGCGGUACUUCCGUAAGCUUCGAGUUGAUUCUAUAAGAAAUAAACUAAAACUGGGUGUUGUGCUAGAUUUUAAAAUUUUCUUCAACAUUUUCCACUUUGGGUUCAGUAUACAAUUGGGGGUGUGUAAUUGUGGUAGAUGUGUGCAUAGAUGCGGCGGCCACAUUGCCAACCGCGAAUCUUAUCCAGAGUUCACAUUGGUUAAGGUUAACUUUUCUUUCUGAACAUGAAACGCUUAUAAUAUGGUUGGACAAAAAAUGAAACUAUAAAGUGCAAAUUACCUUGCUAGUUGUACGGAUUUUUUCAAAGCAUAAUAUCAAACACUUGCUUCUGAGGAAAUGUUAAAGCCACGACCUCAUAUCCCUGCUUUAAAUGAAAGCAUUUUUCAAUAUAAUUACAAGAACUUUGUAAAAAAAAAUUAAACCUCACCUUUCCUGUUUACUUUUUCUGGGGGGGGGGNGGGAGAAAACAGAAGAAGAUUUGGAGUAUCAGCCUUCAUAAUCAGCUUUUGAAUGUAUGAAUUUAAGGGCUGUAAGCAACCCAUCCCCCUUACCAGUUUUAAUACAGCGAGGUUACUCUGUAGUCCCCCUCCAGUAGACUUAGAGUAGGGGUGUGUGUGCGUGUUGUCUACAUACACAGUAUUUUCUAAAUGUUUGUAAAAGAAGAAUAUAAGUCCGUGUGUAUGUCUGAGAGGAAGCUGCGUAUCUUAUUUUGGAGAAGAGAGUGGUGCAAGUUUAUCAGUUCACCCACAUGCUCGGAAAAUCUCUAGCAAGAAAUGACAUUUUUAUUUUCAGUGUGUUGCUUGAGAUUACUGGCAGCUUGGCUGCAUGUGGCUGAUCUCUUUGAUAGGCCUAGCCAAGUACAGCCAGAUUCUCUACAGUCUAAUCAAAGAAGAGAGAAAUCACCAGCGACCUCUGUUGAAUAUGUGAGUUGCAUUCACAGAAAAUCACUAGCUUGUUUGUGUGAAUGGAAUUUAAAAGAGAAAUAUCAAUAUUAUGAGCAAAGCCAAGCGAUCACAUCCUAUGAAGCAUUUUUUUAUAUUGAUAUAUUCUUUGUGAAACAAGUAUGGAUUACUUAUCUAUCAAUCAAUCAAUCAUCCUGCAUAUGAAGAAGGGUCUUAUUAUACAACUGCAGAAGCCAAGCUGCAGAGCUGUCUUGUGUGAAUAUGCGUGCGUACGUAUCUUAGAAGUGUGACUGGGGGCUCUGCGGCUUGGUCCAGCCAGUUCGAUCUGCUGCUUCCGUCAGGUUUCUGGACGACAUCUCUCAUACGUUCGCAUGUAGACCAGUCAAUAUGGUUGGAGCAUUCCAUCGUUCUCCAGUUACAAGGGCUCAGGGCUGUUCUAUGUGCAUGACGUGUCCACUUGAAGAAGGGUCGACAAGAAACCUGAGGUACGUGUCAUCGUAUUUCUCCUGUAUUCAGCCAAAACACGAAGAAGCUGCUUCUCAUAUGGGAAGUAGCCUGUUUGAGUGGGUUUGCUUCUAACCAGAGAGACUUGUGCACUUUGAUUUUGUUCGUCUCUUCACCAACGUUGACAAAAGUAGAAUAUCUAGAAUUAGCUUCUGCGGCCAGAAACCACAACAGAUGUUACUUUUGUUCUCAUACCGACAGCUGAAUUAUGUUUUAUACAUACACAUAUAUAUACAUAUAUAUAUUUUCUAAAGAUCCCAUGUGAGGCUGCGCCCCAGAGGCAUUAUUGUGUGUUAUCCCUACCCCGAUCUGGGGCCUGUCCCCAUGGUAUGAUACAUGAACUUCAUUUAGAUGUCAACUUGGAAUGUAAUAUUUAAUUUCUCUAUUAGAAGACACAGGUAGUGACCGCUGUGGAGGGAACUACAUGGAUACGUGUGUUGUGGGAGGUUUUUGCAUAUUGUAGUAGUGACUUUUUUUUGUAUCGUUUAAAAACAACUGCUGCUGUAGCUUAUUGAAGUCGUGUUUUGUGAUUUGUCUUGUAAGUAAACUAUCUCACUUGUCCAAAUAAAGCUCUUUGUCUUUAAAAGAUCAA